AUGGCGACGCCCGUCCCUCCGCCCUCCCCGCGGCACCUGCGGCUGCUACGGCUCCUGCUUUCCGGCCUCGUCCUCGGUGCGGCCCUCCGCGGGGCCGCCGCCGGCCGCCCCGAUGCAGCCGCCUGCCCCGGGAGCCUGGAUUGUGCCCUGAGGAGGCGGACACGGUGCCCCCCAGGCGCGCACGCCUGUGGGCCCUGCCUGCAGCCCUUCCAAGAGGACCAGCAAGGACUGUGCGUGCCCAGGGUGCGCAGGCCUCUGGGGAGGGGCUCGCCACAGCCCAGCCUGGAAGAUGAAAUCGACUUGUUAGCCCAGGAGCUCGCCCGGCAGGAGGCCGGGCCCCGGAGCCUAACCGAGCGGCCUCAGCCUGAGGCCCGACAGCGGCUCCUGGAGCCUGCGGCCACCCUGGGGCUCUCGGAGCGGGGCCAGAGACCCGAGCUGGGCCUCCCCUCUCCCCGGGGAGCCCCUACGCCCUCUCCCCGCACCUCCUUGGGCUCCCCUGUGUCGUCUGGGCCCGUGCACAUGGCGCCCCUGGAGCCCCGAGGCGGGCGUGGGGACGGCCUGGUCCUCGCACUGAUCGUCGUGUGCUCCUUGGCCGGCGCGGCCGCCCUGGCCAUGGUCGCCCUCUGCUGGUGCAGGCUGCAGCGAGAAAUCCGCCUGAGUCAGAAGGCCGACUACGCGGCGCAGAAGGGGCCCGGCUCACCCGCUCCAGUGCACCGCCCCCCAGAGGCCACAGGCAACACCCUCAUUCCUGUGCGACCUUUCACACCCAUCACCCUCCUGGCAGCCUGGGGGGUGGUGGGCUGGGCCCGGAGCCACCUCAAGUUGGGCAUCACAGAGGAGAGGUCCAAGUGCUGA